AUCUUCGUUUGUGGCUCUUACGAAAGGAAACACAAUUCGUUAUUCUUCCGCGUUGCAUACACUCUUAGAAACAACGCACUGGUGUCGGAGUUGAGCCAUGGCGACGCAUCCGCAAACUCCGACCUCAUCGAACGCCUUCUCCUUCCUGUCGAAGGGCUGGCGCGAGGUUCGAGACUCGGCGGACGCUGAUAUCCAACUCAUGCGUGACCGAGCGAACUCGUUCAAAGACCUAGCCACGUCGUUCGACCGUGAGCUCGAGAACUUCUUCAAUUCCGCAACGCCGCCGUUCUCGGUUCCGGCCAUGCGCUCUCCGCCGCCUAGGGAGAUCGAGUUCGUCAAGAGUCUGCGCCCGAAGCUGUCGGAGAUUCGACGCGCCUACUCCUCACCCGAUUUCAGCAAGAGGGUUCUGGAGAAAUGGAGCCCGAGGUCGCGGAUUCGAAUCGACCUUUCCGCGAUAAAGAAGGCUAUUGUGUCGGCGGAGGAAGAUGGGAUUGUGGAUUUCGAGAAGAGGGGAAGGAGGUUGAGUUUCUGGGAGGAGUGGAAAAACGAGGGCGAGGGUGAAUCGAAGGACUGGGAGCCGAUUCGUGCAUUGAAGAUCAGGCUCAAGGAGUUUGAGAAGCGCGGUUCUUCUUUCGAGGCUUUCAAGAACAGUGAAUUCUUGGAGAAAGUCAAGUCUGGCUUGAAAUCAAUGUGCAAGGAGCCUGAGGAGUCAAAGGAAGUGCCACCAUUGGAUGUACCCGAACUUCUUGCCUACUUUGUAAAACAGUCUGGGCCAUUUCUGGACCAUCUUGGAGUGAAAAGAGACGUAUGUGACAAGAUAGUUGAAAGUUUGUAUAGCAAACGCAGAAACCAUCUUCUAGUGCAAUCCCUAUCUGGGGAAGAGUCUUCUAUUGUUGGGAAUGGAAACAUAAAUGAUGAAUUGGAUUUACGAAUAGCAAGCGUCCUUCAGAGCACAGGACACCGUCACGAAGGUGGAUUCUGGACAGACCAUGCUAAGCAUGAUCCGUCUGAUAGUGAAAGGCAUGUUGCAAUAGUCACAACUGCUAGUCUUCCUUGGAUGACAGGAACAGCUGUAAACCCCCUAUUUCGAGCUGCAUAUUUAUCACAAUCUGCAAAGCAGAAAGUCACUCUGUUGGUUCCAUGGCUUUCUAAAUCAGAUCAAGAGCUUGUUUAUCCCAGCAGUCUUACUUUUACUUCACCAGAAGAACAGGAAGUUUACAUACGUAGCUGGCUUGAAGAAAGGAUUGGUUUUAAGGCAGACUUCAAAAUUUCUUUUUAUCCUGGGAAGUUUUCAAAGGAAAGACGGAGUAUAAUACCUGCUGGAGAUACUUCUCAAUUUAUACCAUCCAAGGAUGCUGACAUUGCUAUCCUGGAAGAGCCGGAACAUUUAAAUUGGUAUCAUCAUGGCAAACGUUGGACUGACAAAUUCAACCAUGUUGUUGGUAUUGUUCACACAAAUUACUUGGAAUAUAUCAAGAGGGAGAAAAAUGGAGCACUCCAGGCAUUCUUUGUGAAACACAUAAACAACUGGGUUACAAGAGCAUACUGCCACAAGGUUCUUCGUCUCUCAGCUGCUACUCAGAAUUUACCCAAGUCUGUAAUUUGCAAUGUUCAUGGUGUGAAUCCAAAGUUCUUGGAAAUUGGAGAAAAAAUUGCUGCAGAGAGGGAGCUUGGGCAGAAAUCCUUUACAAAAGGGGCGUAUUUCUUGGGAAAGAUGGUGUGGGCAAAGGGAUAUAAGGAGUUGAUAGAUUUAUUAGCAAAGCAUAAGGCGGACCUUGACGGCUUCAAGUUGGAUGUGUUUGGAAAUGGAGAGGAUGCUAAUGAAGUUCAGAGUGCAGCUAGGAAGUUAGAUUUGAAUCUCAGCUUUCAAAAAGGAAGAGAUCAUGCAGACGAUUCUCUUCACGGGUACAAAGUUUUUAUAAAUCCUAGCAUUAGCGAUGUGCUAUGCACUGCUACAGCUGAGGCACUUGCCAUGGGAAAAUUUGUAGUUUGUGCAGAUCAUCCGUCAAACGAGUUCUUCAGGUCAUUUCCCAACUGUUUGACGUACAGGACGUCCGAAGACUUUGUGGCAAAAGUAAAAGAAGCAUUAGAAAACGAGCCGUAUCCUCUAACACCUGAGCAAAGAUAUCAACUUUCUUGGGAGGCCGCUACUCAAAGAUUUAUGGAAUAUUCUGAGCUUGACAGCAUCCUGAAUAAGGAAAAUAAUGGUGAAAAGUCAAGCCUGGAUAAAGGAAAGCUCGUUCCCAAGUCAGUUUCAAUGCCUAAUCUGACGGAACUAGUGGAUGGAGGCUUAGCAUUUGCUCACUAUUGUCUCACUGGGAAUGAAUUCCUGAGAUUAUGCACAGGAGCAAUACCUGGGACACGUGACUACGAUAAACAGCAUUGUAAAGACCUUCAUCUUUUGCCGCCGCAGGUAGAAAAUCCCAUCUAUGGCUGGUGAAUGGAUUGACUAGUUUGAACAGGUGGCGAAGGGAAACUUGUCAUACCAGAUCAUAACAAGCAGUACUGUGAAAACUAUCAUCUCAUGCUUGUAGGUAGAAAAACUUAUGGAUGGCUGGGGAUCGUUUAGUGGUUUGAAUUUUAGUUUCUGCUCUGAAUUACAGUGGUUUGUCUUAGGUACUAGCAUUCUAGGUUUUCAAUUCUUUAAAUUUUGUAGUUCUUUUUGUUUUUUUGUAAGUGAUGUAGUUUAAUAUUUUACCAAAACACUAAUAGAAAGCUAAUGUAAAGUUGCAUGACAAAAAGUAGAACGUUCUGCCACGUAAUUAGUGGAGAAUAAGCUGUAAUAAAUUUGCAUCGGUUUACGUGGAAUAAAUUGUUCAGUUGUGGUAA